AUGAAAGGUCUAUUGGAGGCUCCCCCAUUACAUUUACCCUAUUUUCCUGGUGAAUCUACUUCUACUGAGGUAGAUAAUACAUUGCUCAAUAGGGAGAUGAAGUUACAAUUAUUGAGGCAUCAUGUGUUUAGGGCACAACUGAGAAUAAAGCAACAAACAGAUAGUCACAGAAAUGAUAGAGUUUUUCUUGUUAGUGAUUGGGAUUAUUUUAAGGUUCAAACCUAUAAACAAUCUACUAUUGCACGACAUCCAUUUCAUAAGUUAGCUACAAAGUACUUUGGGCCCUUUCAAAUAAUCAAGAGAGUUAGGAAUGUAGCUUAUACACUAUUGCUUCCAGAUUCUGUCAAGAUACAUCCUACUGUGCAUGUGUCCUUAUUGAAGAAGUUUCAUGAAGUUCCUACUCAAAUUUCUUAUCCUCCUGUUAUUGAUAUUGAUAGUUCCUACUGUCCUGAACCUGAUUCUAUCUUGCAAAGGAGGAUGCUGAAGAAGGGUAACAAGGCGAUUCUUGCACAUGCUUUGGUGAAGUAG